UGAAAAUGAACAUGUAGGCGGAACACAUUUUCACAUGAAUGGUUCGCACGGAGACUCGUUUUGGCACAAAGGCAAAACGCAACUCAGAAAUGGCUUAUUUAGGUGACUAGCUGUCUGUCCUUGGUGUUAAUCUGUCAUUGUUGUUUUGUUAUCUUUCAGUAAAGAUGUCCAUUUCCAAUGUUUGUAAUCAAUCUGUGGAUGACGUGGAUUUUCUAGCACAAGAAGGGCGAGACUAUUUCCUUACCCACGGAAUGAUUUACAAAAACCAAAACGGAAACUUAGAACACAGACCAUUCACUUUGUUCCCUACUCCUUUUCCAAAGAAGUUUUUCACAGCUGCAAAAGAAGUUCAAACGGAUUUUAAUCUGCUUGUACACAACGCCAGCCGGGACUACGAAUUCACAAAGAAUGCGCUAAAAAGCACAGUAGCAGCUGAUUCAUUCACAUCAAAAUUAUUUGACAUCUACGAGAAAGCGCGAGAACAAGGAACCUCUCAGUCUAUUUCAUUGGGAAUCUUUCGAUCGGACUACUUGAUUGACAAAUCACACAACGCCUUUGAAGAGAAAGUCGCUGAUCUUUGCCUUAAGCAAGUUGAACUGAACACCAUAUCUAUAAGCGCAAUCACUUCUUCAUGUCGGACUACGAACAUGCACAGACAUCUGCUGAAUUUAACUGGAUCACAAUACGAGUUUUACGAUAUACCUUGUCUCUCUGCUUUCUUGCAGUUACCACCUCCAAAUUCUGCGUUAGAUGAAGUGGCCGAUGGUCUCAUUAGGGCCUGGGAACUAUAUGGAACCCCAAGUGCUGUCAUAAUGUUCAUCGUUCGCACUGAUGAGGUCAAUGUUUAUGUCCAAAGGAUACUGGAGUAUCACAUCAAAAACAAGAACUCCGCUGUAACGGUAAUCAGGAGGACACUUACUGACAUUUAUAACAACAAUGAAAUGGACGAUGAAAAAUCUCUCUUUGUCUGUCUCUGUAAUCUGUGUCACAAUGGGUUUCUCUCCGUACGUAGGCUUGUGUCACUAAAAGCCUUUAUAAUCAACAGCCCCUGUAAGACUGUUUCCCAGGUAUUGAACUACACCUCAGUGAAAAAUGAAAUUGAAAUUUUUCAGGGUCCAGAGGGAGACCUCAAUGUUGAGCUUUGUCUAAAGACGGUAGAAAAAUUUGUGAUGAAACCUCAAAGAGAAGGGGGAGGCAAUCUAAUCUACGGCGAAGAUAUCCGUCGAACGUUACUAAACAUCCCUGAAAACCGUGCACAGUACAUACUGAUGGAGCGCAUCGGGCCUGCUUCCAUCAACAAAACCCAUAUUGUUCGCCAAGAGUCCAUGACGCCGGUUGACAUCAUUUCCGAGCUGGGUAUUUUUGGGAUUUUUAUCAGUCGUGGAGAUGAAAUUCUGGUCAACAGAGAGGGAGGCUACCUGGUCAGGAACAGACCAUGGAACAAACUGGAAGUUAAAAGUCUACAUGGAGAGGGUGCUUAUGGCAGUCCGUAUUUGGUUUAACUUGUCCUCGAGUACAUCUUUCGUUUGUUUGCUUUAUAACCAAGAGUCUACAAAGGCCAGAUACAAUUCACAGCUUGCAGAUUAGCUGAAUACAUCAGCAAUUGCUAUUUUUGCCCGCUUUAUGCCGUUUUAUGCAUUUUGGUUCUACUUAUUCCGUGAUCGAAGCAUGUCUGAAAAAAAGCAUACCGAACGCAGUGUCUUAAUUAUAGUUUUUGUUCCGUGUUCGUUAGGCAGUAAGUUGUAUUUUUCCUUUCAAAAAUAUCAGCAAUUCAAUUGGAUGAGUCGCGCAAGCAACAACGCGAAACUUGUAGUAUUAAUGUGGUGAGCCUUUCCAAGAAAACACUUUAUUAAUGAGUAGCCUUGAGGGUUUUAAACCUUCUCGAACUAUUCUCUUUGAGGAACUACUUACAGACUUAUUGUUUAUAUAGAACUAAACUAAGUAACAUUUUGUAAAAAUUCUAUAACUCCAAACUAAGUACAAAGAUUAGCAAUUCUCCACGUGUUAUGUUAUGCAAUUUUCUAAAGUCCUCAUUAGCAAAGCAACUAAAUGACCGUCCCUUUACUUAGAGCAAUUUUCAUUUGAGUGUCGUAAAACCAAAACCAAAGUAAUCACUCUAGCCAAUCACAAAGGACACAGACAAUCCAACAAACCAAUCAAAGCUCGAAGAGAUUACAUGUAGCAGACGCAAAGCGCGGGAAAACGCGUGCGGUCGAGUCACGAUUGGUUAUGGUUUUACUUCUGAUUGGAUGAAAAAGUGGCGCGAGUUUUUUAAGCCAAUGGUGUAGCGUAGUUGAUGCGAAACCAAUUACUUUUCGACACUCAAAUGAAAACCGCUCUAAAGCAAUAAGCUUUUUGCUUGAUUAGUCCGCUGACAUCGCGAACAUUUGAUUACAGUCAAAAGCUAUACUAGCACACUACUUUUAAGUUUUAAUAGUAAUGUAACGAAGCUAAAUAACUUGUCAAUAAACAUGUUUGCUGUAUUGUUGUUGUUGUUGUUUUUCAUUUUUGCAUACAAACUUGCUUUGAAAUGGAGAAGUAUCCUCCGUUCACAAGUCUUUUCACAUCAGUGAACUGGCCGCCUUUCUGAAUUGCUCUUUUCAAAUUUCCGAGAGGUUCUACUUACUGUCUAGUGGACUUCAUAGAUGUGAGGAGAUGU